AUGAAAAGUUUCCAAGUUUUAUAUUUUUGUAUAAUCCUUACGUGCAGCUAUGGUCAAAAAAACUCUUCAUCGUCCUUGGAUGAUUCUUCUCCAAAUGACCACAAUCAAGAACUCAGCGAAUUUUCCAAUUACACCACAAUUCUUUCAAAAACUACCGUAACCACCCACUCUCCACUGCCUGCAAAGAGCGGAACAAGUUCAGGGUAUACAGAAACUACAACAAGUGGAAAUACUGAAAAUCUCAAUGAUGCAACCAGUCCAACUACGUCAUUGCAGAUCUUCAGUGCGAACCCUUACAGCCCGGAUACCAUAGCAACUACUAAAUCUUCAAGCAUUACGGAGAUAGCUACAAUAAGAUCAGCAUCUGGAGUACUCUAUAAAGAUCCAUUGUUGCCUUGUCCACCAGAUAACUUGGAUCCAUACGCUACAAAUGGAACUGCUUCAGAAGGAAACUCGUUUGGUAUUUGCUACAAUGCAAAGGAUUGUUUUAACAUUGGAUGGGCAGCAGAUAAAUCAAGACGACUGGACAUGAUGUGCGUAUUUAACGAUGCUCUAGACACGAGUGGAUGUUGUUAUAGAGACACCUCAAACUUCUGUUCAGAGGGGAUGUCAGUGUUGCCAUCUCAACGAUGUGAUACCCUUGAUGACUGUAAUAUGCGAACAAAUCAAACUGCGCAAAGAUGGUGUGAUCCCGUUUCAAAAUAUUGCUGUCGAUUUGAAAAGGAACAAGCACUUUUAUGCCCGGACAACAGUACAGCUUUAAUGAAUGAACAUCAUUGUAUUAACUACGACGAAAAAGAUAUUUGGAGUGGAAAGUGUAAGACACCGAACGGAAUUUGCAAAUAUGGACACUGUUGCCCAUCAAAUAAAACUGAAAAAUUGUUACCUGGAACUCCAUAUCGCACUCAUCAAAAGUGCACUAACAAAACAAUUAUUCGUGAUGAUCAACGUUUUGGAUACUGUGAUCCUAAAACCGGAAGGGUAUUCAUAAUGAGUGAACUCAAUUUUCACGGGCAGAGAAACAAGGAACUCUCGUCAUACUGUAAUACUGCAAGAGAUUGCGGUCGGUCGUUUGGAAUGGAUAACGUAUGUGUUCGAAUGAAUAAAGAAACGCUCAAAUGCUUCUCAAAUCCAGAGGUUCCAUCGUUUAUUUUUUAA